CUUCUACUAUAUGAAAUGGAACAAUCUGCACUCUUGUCUCAGAUGAUGAAACAGUGAAGCUGUGCAUGGACUGAUAAUGGUGGAUUGUAUACCACAGAAAACACUUUCUCUUGCCUAAGGUCAUCUUUUAAUGGGCCAUGGCACACCUUGGAGGUGCGUCUGUUUUGGUGUUUCUGACCUUCCUAAGCAGCAUAGACUCAAUGGAGAACUGCACGAACAACACAGAUUUUCCAUCUUUGGUCAACUUUACUCAGAUUCCCGGGCAGGGCACUGAAAAGUUUGUAGGUUCACUGGAGCCUUUGUACAAUUUUGCAAGGGUCUUUUUGGAGGCAGUUCAGCCAAGCAAAUUUCCAUUAGAGCUUGCCAUUAAUGCUUCAAGAAAUGCACAGCUGAACACAUCUUCGCUUGUGGAAUAUGAGGCAGGUUAUGUGGUCUGUCUCAUACUGGCCAUCCUCUAUGUUCUCAUAAUGGCAGUUUGGGGUGGAGUGCUUGCUUGGAAUUAUUUCCGUCAGAAAAAGUUUCCGUCAAAUAAUCCCUCAACAUCAUCCUCAACAUGGCCCUACACGGACAUCACUGUGGCAACAUGCCUUGCAGUUGUUGCCAUUUUAUUGUUAACUGGAGUGAUUCUGGCCUUCACAACAAACGACAAGGUGCGUGAAAACAUGAGACCCAGCUUGCAUCAACUCAUGAUUGAUAUAAAAAAGGCUGAUGAAAUCUUCAAGGUGAUCCCAGAGAAUAUAAGAAGAGCUAUUGAUGAAUUUUCCAUUCCCAAAGGAGAGAUCACCAAGACAUUAAAUGGAACGGGAAAUGUAAUUGGUGAAACUCUCAUCUCAACUUUUGGCAGAGAUGUUCACGAUGCUCUCUCUGCGCUAUCGGUAUCAAUUCAAGAUGUCAGAGGGGCCUUAACCAACCUGGAGGAAAUGGAAAUGAAAAGAAAAGACCUACAGGCUCACCACGUAGACCUUCAACAAGGACUGCAAGCCAUCCAGUCUCAAAUUCAGAAUAUUAGAAAUAGUUGUUCGACCUGUAAUGUCCCAGAUGCUAGCAACCUGGAAACAGUGGCUAACUACAACCAGAUCCCAAGUGUGCAACUACAACUUGACAAGCUGAAUGAACCCUCUAGUAUACUAGCAACAGAUAUUGUGAGAAAGGGAAAUAUGUCCUUCUAUUCUAUUCCACAAACAUGUAGCAGACAGCUAGAGCCAACAAUAGCAGAAAUUGAAGAAGACUUGGAGAAAUCUAAGGAGUAUUUGAGAAAUUGUAGUCGUCGGAUUCCCACUUUGAAAUCUCUUUCAAAUUCAGUGUCAAGUGUCAGGCGAGCGGUGGAUCAGUACUGGAAAUAUGUGGAUUACUAUGAUUAUGUCAGGUGGGCAGUGGCCAUUGUAUUUUGCACUCUGAUUUUGAUCAUAGUGAUUCUGAUGAUUGUCGCACUUUGCCUUGGAUUGCCAAUUGAAUAUUCUCCCACCCUCUACUCCUCCUUCACCAAAGAUCGAUUUAACCACACAGCUGUCUGCCUGCUCAGAAGUGCCACUGUGAUGACCUUUGUCUUCUCCUGGCUGUUCCUCAUCCUAUUGGUCAUCACCCUGUUCAUUGGUGGAAAUGCUUACACCCUCGGAUGCCGUAGCUGGAAUAGAGGGGAACUUUUUGAGUUUUUUGACCAGAGCGAAAAGCCUAUCAUCCCAGGCUACAACACGUCCAAUGAAAUCAACUCCACUCAACUCACAAACGCCACCCAAGCUUUUAAUGCCAGCCAAGAACUCAACAUCACUCAAGGGAUCCGCGUCAAGACUUCCGUGAUGUACCACGGCUGUAUGAAAGGAGAGUCUCUUUUCUACAGCAUGCGCAUGCAUGAAGUUUUCAACAUGGAUGCGUUUCUAAACGCCAGCAGGUACCUAGGGGUAUUUAAUCAAAGCUUCCAUACCCUGAAUGUUAACCUUGGUAGUAUCACUCUUCUACCUCGUGAAGGCAGACAGGCCUUGAACAAAUUCAAGAACAGCACACUGGGUCAGAUUGAUUAUGAUGCACUUCUAGACCUGCUGAGUCAACCUGUGGUGAGUACUGACCUCAAUGAUUUUGCUGAUCAACUGGAUGAGGCUGCACAACUGCAAGAAAAUACAACAGUUAAGGAGGACUUGGAGAAAGUGGCAAAGAUGACAAGAAAUCUAACUGAGAUUGUUGCACUUCAGGAAUCAAACGCAAAAGCAAUGAAAAUCAGUGUCAACGCUGUGAAGACGAUCAGUCAGCAGUAUCAGGGUAAUGCAGAUCGGGCCCUGAAUAGCACCACCAAGACAGAUGAAGCAAUAAUCUCACAGACUCCAUACAUUGUGGGAAAUGUGUCACAGUGUGUGCUGAAGAAAGCAGAGCUCUAUCUUUUAAAGUACCUUGCUUGGGUUCGCAAUGCGGUCAUAAAUGAGAUUUUGGAUUGUAAAUGGCUUCCUGUGUCAGUGGACAAUAUCUACAGAGCAGCAUGUGUCCAUAUAAUUGAUCCUUGGAAUGCAUUCUGGCUGUGUUUAGGUUGGUGUUGUGCAUUCUUGGUCCUUGGGGUAAUUCUCAGUAUACACACGGCCAGGCACUGGCAGGCUGUGCCUAAGUCCCUCAGCACUGUCACUUUUAAGGAUUUUGAUUAUUGCCAUGAAAUAACUAAACCUGGCAUGGGCCUAAAGGAAACUGAAGACUUUUACCAUGAAUAUGGCAGGGAUGACGACUACAAAGGCAAAGAAUGUGAAGACACUUAAAUGCUGUAUUUAGUUUUGUCUGGAAUCAGUUCAAUUGUCUAGAACUUUUGUGCUAUUGUCUAGACUAGAUUAAAUGAUAAUGUUGAAGGUUACUCUGUUGUUUGUUAGUUUCCUCUGGUGUUGGAAUAUUCUAUACAAAUAAUUUAAAUAAAGGGAAUUUAAAUUAAAUUUAAAGUGUGAGUUUAAUUGUCAGAAAGUUUAACAAAAAUGAUACAGUGACACUGUGAACAACAUAAAAUUGUUUCCAUACUGUGAACAAUAAAGGACAAACUUUAAAAGAGACCGCUUGCUGAAAAAUGCAUGGUGAACCUCUUCUCAUUAA